UGUCACUACCCGAGACUUCGACUAGUUGUUAGACCUAAUCAUCUAGUCAACUCAUCAACCAAACUCCCCAGCCUUCUGGCAGCUGAUUAUAACAUUGAAUCGUCGCCUUCAAAGUUCAAAUUCAAGGUCACAUUGUCUCCAGUUAUCUCUCAUCUUCCUCAAGCAACGUGUUUGAGAGUCGCCGAACAACAAACAAGGAUCAACGGAUGUUGAACGUGACAUUUAUUCGACUCAGAAAGCUCUUGAAACAUCUGUUCCAAGUGUUGACCACGCUCGCAACUUCAUCUGCACGACGACUACUUAUUCUUGUAUCAUGCUUUCGGCGCUUUGUGGCCAAGGUUCAUGCUCCAAUCGUGCAUGAUACUGACUCCAUUGUAGACUCAUGUUGUACUGUCUUGACUAGGGUCUCCAGUGUACGGUGUUCCGACUCCACCUUGCCAUUAUCACUUCACACUACUCCGCCGAGUGCAGCAAGCUCUGUGGCUUCAACACCUCCGUUUUCCAUGCCUGUUCCCUAUGCUAACCCGCCACAGAUGCCUUCGCCUCCAGCAGUCGUUAAUGCAAUCUCUCCCAAUGACCUUCCCAACACUCUCCAUUUUGUGCCAUCUGCUGUAGAUCCCAAAUCGCGAUAUGAGAACCGUCCUCCUGUAGAUAUAUCUCACUCCAACUACAACGGAAUUCAAGCAUUCAUGAGGUCCUUCCCCAACGAAUCAUGCCCUUGGUUGAAUGUGAAUGUUGAAUGGGAGCCUUGUAUACAUCCCGAAGGCGCGUUGUAUCUGUACAAUGACCGCAAGAGAACGUUCACUGAAGGACACAUUAACGAACAUUUGUUCCGCUUGAUGGACAGAUCUGCGGAUGAUCUAUGCGACUUGGCACGCAGACAAUCACCAACCUUUGACGUUGAUGAUAUCGAGCUCGUUGUGCAGGUAGUGCCGAACCAAACAGAUUCUUGUCAAUACUACUUUGUCGAUCAUGCAACUCGAACGCUCUUUUGGCUGCACGCUUACGAUCAAGCGACGGAGACUAUCUUCGAUGGUUUCCAAGGUGUCUGUGAUCCGAGUCACAUUCGAUAUGCCUUGGAAUCUCAAUACUGGCUGCAUUGUGAACGCUAUCCAAAACACACGCUAGAUCGAGUCCAGCUUCUGAAAGAAUUGAAGGUGAUUGUUGUGCAUGCGAGUGCAGAAAUCAUCACUUCGGAUAUUUCUUUGUCGCCUUUUGGUGCUGAUGAACUUACCAGAAUCUUGGAACUGUUAAACCAGCUUCAAGAGAGUGCUCAGGAAUCCGAUUUCCCUCAUUGCACUUGUGUCAUUGCGAGGUUCAUGCAUUACUUCUGCAAGGCCAAGUAUUACAAUUUCUGCGGUCUACCUUGGGCCCGUCUCGAUGCCGACAAAUCUGUGUACACUGAGAUUCCUAGUUUUCAUCCGGUGAUCAGUAGUCUUUCUUUGGCCUUUGACGCCAUACUUUUUUGGGCACCACAAGCACACUUGAACGAUCUUCGAAGGGUAUGGGUAGAUAAGUGCCUCAACUCACCGCGGUGGAAAGACUACAAUACAAAGCUCAUGACAGAGUGGACCGGAAUCACCAUCUAUUCCACCGUCAUGUUAGCUGUAGAUGUGAGUUUCCUUGCAGUGCCAAACGUAAACAUUUCCACGUCGCAAUCAAUCGGGAUCAUUGCUAUAUAUCUCUCGACGAUCUCGAUAACUGGCUCCUUGGUCGUCUCAGUCCUGCUGGUCCGUCAAAACCAAAGAUAUGGUUGUGAAUCAGCGGACAAAGCAGGAGACUUCCUGCGCAGUAUGACUGAUACGUUUUUGGGGGAUAAAGGCCUUGCGACAAUCAACAGCCUCCCCUACGCGAUGCUCAUGUGGGGGUAGGUGAGAUGAAUACUUUCUGACUAGGGCUAAUGACAAUUACAUUUGCUCUCACCAGGAUGAUUUACUUCUCAAUCGCACUGCUGUACAACGUGUUCAAGUCUACGACAACGGCCA